UAUUCAUUCCAUUCUCUUCUUCCUACCUUCUUUCACAUGGGGACACUAUAUAUAAAAUUGAUAUAUCUUUAUGGUAUGGCGGUCCCUUAUCAGUCACAAUAGUAAGGUUGGAGUUUGAAGUGGGAGACAACAAGAGGGAGGGACGGUCAUCGAGAUUCACUAUCUUCUUGCAGCUGUUGCAGGGUAUGGUAUGGUGGUCACACCCCAAAUGCUUAUUUUAACCCUUUAGCAAAUACCACUUGUUCACUUCAACUUUCUCUUUCUCAACCAAGUUUUUCCCUUCAUACAAGUUUGUGUUAAAAUGUCAACCUCAAGGCCGAGCCAAUCGUCCACCAAUUCAGGGAGAUCAAGACAUAGUGCUAGGAUUAUUGCUCAGACAACUGUAGAUGCAAAACUUCAUGCUACUUUUGAGGAGUCUAGUAGUUCCUUUGACUACUCCAGUUCGGUGCGUGUCUCCGGCUCAGUCGAUGGAGAUCAUCAACCAAGGUCCAACAAAGUAACAACAGCUUACCUCAAUCACAUACAGAGAGGCAAGCAAAUCCAGCCUUUUGGGUGUUUGCUAGCUUUAGACGAGAAAACGUGCAAGGUUGUUGCAUACAGUGAGAAUGCACCUGAAAUGCUGACCAUGGUUAGUCAUGCUGUCCCUAGUGUUGGUGACCACCCUGCCCUUGGCAUUGGAACUGACAUAAGAACAAUCUUCACUGCACCGAGUGCUUCUGCGUUACAGAAGGCGCUAGGAUUCGCUGAGGUUUCGCUUCUUAACCCCAUCCUUGUUCAUUGCAAGACUUCUGGGAAGCCAUUUUAUGCGAUCAUCCAUCGUGUUACCGGUAGUUUGAUCAUUGAUUUUGAGCCAGUGAAGCCUUAUGAAGUUCCCAUGAAUGCAGCAGGUGCCUUGCAAUCUUACAAGCUUGCUGCUAAAGCAAUCACCAGAUUGCAAUCUUUGCCUAGUGGGAGCAUGGAAAGGCUUUGCGAUACAAUGGUUCAAGAAGUUUUUGAACUCACGGGUUAUGACCGGGUGAUGGCAUAUAAAUUUCACGAGGAUGAUCAUGGCGAGGUGAUUGCUGAGAUAGCAAAGCCAGGCCUAGAGCCAUAUCUAGGUUUGCACUAUCCGGCCACGGAUAUUCCCCAGGCUGCACGCUUUUUAUUUAUGAAGAACAAGGUCCGUAUGAUAGUUGAUUGUCAUGCUAAACAUGUGAAGGUUCUUCAAGAUGAAAAACUCCCAUUUGAUUUGACUUUGUGUGGUUCAACCUUAAGGGCUCCACAUAGUUGCCAUUUACAGUACAUGGCAAAUAUGGAUUCAAUUGCUUCACUGGUUAUGGCAGUAGUAGUCAAUGACAGUGAUGAAGAUUCGGAUAGCACUGAUGCAGUUCAUCCACAAAAGAAAAAGAGACUUUGGGGUUUGGUAGUUUGUCAUAACACUACUCCAAGGUUUGUUCCUUUUCCUCUAAGGUAUGCUUGUGAAUUUCUGGCUCAAGUAUUUGCCAUCCAUGUGAACAAAGAAAUAGAGUUAGAAUAUCAGAUUCUUGAAAAGAAUAUCCUGCGCACACAGACACUGUUGUGUGAUAUGCUGAUGCGAGAUGCGCCCUUAGGUAUUGUAUCACAAAGUCCUAAUAUAAUGGAUCUAGUGAAAUGUGAUGGGGCUGCACUCUUGUACAAAAACAAUUUAUGGAUAUUAGGAGUGACACCAAGUGAAUCCAAGAUACGAGAGAUAGCUUUAUGGAUGUCCGAGUACCAUACGGAUUCCACAGGUUUGAGUACAGACAGCUUGUCUGAUGCAGGGUUCCCAGGGGCUCUUUCUGUUGGUGAUACUGUAUGUGGAAUGGCGGCUGUUAGAAUAACUCCAAAAGACAUAGUUUUUUGGUUUAGGUCGCACACAGCUGCAGAAAUCCGAUGGGGUGGUGCAAAGCAUGAACCUAGUGAACAGGAUGAUGGUAGGAAGAUGCAUCCAAGAUCAUCGUUCAAGGCUUUCCUUGAAGUUGUGAAGGCUAGGAGCUUACCGUGGAAAGACUUUGAAAUGGACGCUAUUCAUUCGUUGCAGUUAAUACUGAGAAAUGCUUCCAAAGAUACAGAGAGUGUGGAUUUAAAUACGAAGGCAAUCAAUACAAGACUAAAUGAUUUGAAGAUCGAAGGGAUGCAGGAAUUGGAAGCGGUGACUAGUGAGAUGGUUCGGUUAAUUGAAACAGCAACAGUGCCUAUUUUGGCAGUGGAUGUUGAUGGGAUGGUGAAUGGGUGGAAUAUAAAAAUUGCUGAGUUGACAGGUCUUCCAGUUGAUGAAGCUAUUGGAAAGCAUUUACUCACACUUGUUGAGGAUUCUUCAAGUGAUAUAGUCAAGAAGAUGCUCAACUUGGCACUGCAGGGUGAGGAAGAGAAGAAUGUCCAAUUCGAGAUUAAAACACAUGCAUCUAAGAUGGAUUCCGGUCCUAUUAGUUUGAUAGUUAAUGCGUGUGCAAGCAAGGAUCUUCGCGAUAAUGUAGUAGGGGUUUGUUUCGUAGCCCAAGAUAUAACUGCUCAGAAGACAGUCAUGGACAAAUUCACACGAAUCGAAGGCGAUUACAAGGCAAUUGUACAGAACCCAAAUCCAUUAAUCCCUCCUAUAUUCGGUACAGAUGAAUUCGGCUGGUGUUGCGAGUGGAAUCAAGCUAUGAUAAAGUUAACUGGAUGGAAACGAGAGGAGGUGAUGGAUAAAAUGCUCCUGGGAGAGGUUUUCGGAACUCAGAUGGCUUGUUGUCGUCUAAAGAAUCAAGAAGCUUUUGUUAAUUUCGGCAUUGUACUUAAUAAAGCCAUGACCGGUUUCGAAACGCAGAAGGUUGCUUUUGGUUUCUUUGCCCGGAAUGGCAAGUAUGUAGAGUGUCUACUUUCUGUAAGUAAGAAACUGGACGCGGAGGGCCUAGUCACCGGAGUCUUCUGUUUCUUGCAGUUAGCUAGCCCAGAACUGCAACAAGCAUUACAUAUUCAGCGCCUAUCUGAACAAACUGCUCUCAAGAGACUGAAAGUAUUACAUUAUAUGAAAAGGCAGAUCAGAAAUCCUUUGUCGGGGAUUGUGUUUUCCAGUAAAAUGUUGGAGGGUACUGACUUGGGAACAGAACAAAAACGACUUUUGAGCGCCAGUGCUCAGUGCCAGCGCCAGCUUAGCAAAAUUCUUGAUGACUCAGAUCUAGACAGCAUCAUUGAUGGAUACUUGGAUCUUGAGAUGGCUGAAUUCACUUUGCAUGAGGUACUGGUUACCGCUCUUAGUCAAGUCGUGACAAGGAGUAACACAAAGGGAAUCCGAAUAGUCAAUGAUGUUGCCGAGCAUAUCGCGAUGGAAACCUUGUAUGGUGAUAGUCUUAGGCUUCAGCAGGUCUUGGCUGACUUCUUACUAAUUUCCAUCAAUUCCUCACCAAAUGGAGGUCAGGUUGUUAUAGCAGCCUCUCUAACUAAAGAACAGUUGGGGAAAUCUGUCCAUCUUGUUAAUUUGGAGCUCAGCAUAACACACGGUGGUAGUGGGGUGGCAGAAGCAUUGUUGAACGAGAUGUUUGGAAAUAAUGUGCUAGAAUCAGAAGAGGGUAUUAGCCUACACAUCAGUAGAAAGUUGCUAAAGCUUAUGAAUGGAGAUGUUCGUUAUUUAAAAGAAGCAGGCAAAUCAUCUUUUAUCCUAUCUGUUGAACUUGCAGCAGCUCAUAAGUUGAAAGGUUAAAAUUUUGGAUAAAUUAAUAAAAGAUGAUACAACAUGAUGAUGUGUUUGCUUUGUACAUCAGAUAUUAAUUGAUGCAUUCCUUGUUCAUUGUAACUCUGAUUUGUUUCUAUAAUAACUUGUUGUAACGUAUGUUGUAGAUAUGUAUUCUCAGUCAAGUUUUACGUUUUUUAUUGUAAAAGCAAUUAUUGUUGCAAAAUGAAACGUUAGAACACGUUUAAUGGCAUUGGUUUCUUCUCCAGAAAUUCUA